AUGAGCGUGGGGUUCAUCGGCGCGGGGCAGCUUGCCUUCGCCCUGGCCCGCGGUUUCACUGCGGCAGGGAUCCUAGCUGCGCACAAGAUCACGGCGAGCUCCCCGGACACUGACCUGCCCACUGUGAGCGGGCUGCGGAAAAUGGGAGUGAACUUCACGGUGAGCAACAAAGACACGGUGAAGAGCAGCGAUGUCCUCUUCCUGGCCGUGAAGCCGCCCAUCAUCCCCUUCAUCCUAGAGGAGGUGGGCCCCGACAUCGAGGCCCGGCACAUCGUGGUCUCCUGCGCGGCCGGCGUCACCAUCAGCUCCAUCGAGAAGAAACUCUCUACCUUCUGCCCCACACCAAAAGUGAUCAGGUGCAUGACCAACACCCCUGUGAUAGUCCGGGAAGGUGCUACAGUCUAUGCCACUGGAACUCAUGCGGAUGUGGAAGAUGGGAAGCUUUUGGAACAAUUGAUGGCCAGUGUGGGCUUCUGCACCGAGGUGGAAGAGGACCUCAUCGAUGCUGUAACGGGGCUCAGUGGCAGUGGCCCUGCGUAUGCAUUCACUGCCCUGGAUGCUCUGGCAGAUGGAGGAGUAAAGAUGGGCCUUCCCCGCAGGCUGGCAGUUCGGCUUGGAGCACAGGCUUUGCUGGGUGCUGCCAAAAUGCUGUUAGAAUCUGAACAGCAUCCCGGUCAGCUGAAGGACAAUGUCUGCUCACCUGGGGGAGCCACUAUCCAUGCCUUGCACUUCCUGGAGAGUGGUGGCUUUCGCUCACUCCUCAUCAAUGCUGUGGAGGCUUCCUGUAUCCGGACAAGGGAACUGCAGCAUUUGGCAGACCAAGAGAAGAUUUCCCCGGCAGCCAUAAAGAAAACUUUGCUGGACAAGGUGAAGCUGGAGUCUCCUUCUUUGUCUGUGGCAUCUGUUAGCAAAGUUAGUCUGUUCACCAACAAGAGCAAGAAGAACUGACCAGACUGCUGUAUUCUGGCAGUGCUGAAUGUCAAUGUCCAGGUUGCAGCCAGCCAAAAAAUACAUUUUUGCAGUAGCCAGGAAUGGCAUGGCCAGGACCCUGGUUAUUCUAUACAUC